AGAAGAAACUUUUCGAAAUGGAUUGACAUCAUUGUGAAAGAAGAUUAUAAAGAAUUCGUUGUAGCUCAAACGUUUACAUUCAUCUCCGAAUCCUCGUUUUUUUUUGUAUAUACAUAUAACAGUGAUUUAAUUUACCAUGUAUUAUCGUUAUGAAAGUAAAAUAGAUUUAAAAGAAUUUCACAGAAUCUAAUAAAUAAAAAAAAACAAAACAUUUUAUCCAAAAAAUAUAUUUAUUAAUUUAUUUUAGAUAGAAAUGCACGACUCAACCAAAUUUAUAUUUUUAAUAGUAAGCUUAAACAUAAUUGGAUUUAUGUACACAGACGUUAUCAUAAAGGCCACAAAUCUAAUAUGUGCCCCAAGUCCAAAAUAUUUUAUUAACCACUCGUGUCGUCUGAAGCCCGUAAAUCGCUACAAAAGCGUAGCCUUUAUGGAAACGUACAUCAGAAAUCAAUUGCGAAAUGUAUACGUCAAUAUUGGGCUCUAUGCACGCAAUGAUGUCAACACCUAUAAUCCAUUUCUAAUCAAUUUUACUCAAAACAUUUGCUGGUACUUGGGAAACCGACGAUUCGGAACCUAUAUGAAAGUAUUCAUGGAUAUCAUGGCCCAGUACACUAAUAUAAAUCAUUCAUGUCCCUAUGAGGGCGUCAUAAUUGCAAAGAAUUUAUUUUUUGGUGGAAAUUCAAUGUCUGCCUUAUUCCCUAAAGGUUAUUAUAAGUGCAUUUUCAUUUUCUACGAAGGAUAUCCCUUGGAUUACAUUGGCCGAGUGGAAUAUUAUGCAGAAUUGUAUGAAGUCAAGAAAAUGAGGAAGAAAAAUUAAGGAACUUUGCACGGCUUCAAAAUAAUGUUGUUUAUUAGCAAUCGCGUUGGAAUUAUUAGAAGGUAAUCGACAAAGUUACAACAAAUACAAUUAAACAAUAUCCACAUAUUGUAAGUAGUGAUAGUUUAAAAUUUAUGUAUGUAAUGUAAAUAAGACAAAAUAAUGUCAAUAAAAUGCAGUACAG